CAGAUCCACCACAACAAACAAAUUCUUUUGGCAUUGGACUUGCAUAGCGUCAUUAAUUAGAACUCAAAAUGUCGUCCCCUGCCGGUCGUCGGCAGCGCAAUUCUCAAUCUGCGACUCCUAGGCGUACAUCAGCGAGGAAUUCACAAGCUGUACCAAGUAGUCCACCAGAUCCCGCUGCUGCUCAACUUCAAAAUGAAGCAGCCUCGUCACAAGGCGUUACAGGUACUCCUCGGCGGGGUAUAAUUCCAUCGUCGUCGCCUAUGAAUUAUCGAUCUUCUCCAGCAGAUGCUGCACGAUUUAAUAGAGAAAUCAGCUCACCCCUGAGACAAAUGACAAACACCCAGACAACAGAAGAUGGCGAUCGUACUCCAAGAGCAGGUGCUAGCGCACUCAUCGGUGACUCUUCACCCAUCAGAUACGAAGCAAGUUCUAGUCCUGGUAGAGCAUAUGCCAAUGAUCCUCAAACCAAUAUUCCAAGUGAUAGCAGUGGUCUUUUCGUUCGCUCUUCUCGUUCCCAAGGUCCUGGGUCUGCGGUUAAUAAUUCGCGAAGAGGAGAUAUUACUUCUGACAACCUUAACACACCCCGUGCGAGAAGACGUAUUUUCAUGGAUGAAAGUGGUCGAAUUGUAAGAGAUGUUCCACCUGAAGAUGCGGAAGCUCCAUCGUUCUCGAACCUCGAUCCAACAACUUCAGAUGCGCAAGCAAUGGGAGGAAACUCUACACUUUGUAUCUGGGGUACGAAUGUUUCUAUAAACGAUACGUUGUCCACAUUCAAGGACUUCCUUCGAAACUAUACCAAAAAAUAUCGAAUGUGGGGUGAAGGAAUGUCAGAGGAAGACACCCAAGCUGAUCCAGAAUCGAAUUCAAAGGAAUACUUGGAGAUGAUGCAAAAUAUGUUAACUCUUGGAAUCACAAGUCUCAAUUUAGAUUUUGGCAAUCUUAAGGCUUACCCUCCAACCAAGAAACUUUGGCAACAAGCACAGGAUUACCCUCAAGAUAUUGUCACUCUCAUGGAUCAAGGUAUUAAAGAUGUGAUGUAUGAGAUCGCGGAAAAUCAAAUGGCAGUUCAAAGGCAAUCACAAAGCUCCGCUGGACAGGCGUCCGGAAGAAGCAGGAUUCAAAGUUCAGAACCCCCUGUUCCUAGUUCUGAGAGAAGCGAGCCAGAAGCUGCAACACCACGAGCACAAGAUUCUAAUGAAGUGGACUUGUGUGCGGAGGUACAAAAAAGAUCAUAUAGAGUUCGUCCCUUUGGAUUGGACAAGACUAUCAAUAUGAGAGAACUCGAUCCAUCCGACGUCGAUAAGAUUAUUGCUAUCAAGGGUCUCGUUAUUCGAACUACGCCAAUCAUUCCAGAUAUGAAAGAUGCAUUCUUCAAAUGUUCUGUUUGCAAUCAUACUGUCAAGGUUGAUAUUGACCGUGGUAAGAUUGCCGAGCCUACAGAAUGUCCUCGUCCGGUUUGUAAAUCUCCAAAUUCCAUGCAAAUUGUACACAACAGGUCUGGAUUCAUGGACAAGCAAGUUAUUAAACUUCAAGAAACUCCAGAUUCCGUUCCUGCUGGUCAAACACCCCAUUCCGUCUCAAUGUGUGCAUAUGAUGAGUUGGUGGAUCUUUGCAAAGCUGGUGACAGAGUUGAGAUUACUGGUAUCUUCAAGGCUAGUCCAGUUCGUGUCAAUCCUCGCCAGCGAACUCUUAAGAGUAUUUAUAAAACAUACAUUGAUGUUUUACAUAUUCAAAAGGUUGACAAGAAGAGAAUGGGAAUUGAUGCUUCGACCGUUGAGCAAGAAAUAUCCGAUCAAUUAACAGGCAACAUUGAAGAAACUAGAAAGGUUUCCGAGGAGGAGGAAGAAAAGAUCAGAGAAACAGCUGCAAGACCUGAUAUUUACGAACUUCUAUCUCGCUCCCUUGCGCCUAGUAUUUUUGAGAUGGAUGAUGUUAAGAAGGGCAUCUUGCUUCAAUUAUUUGGUGGAACUAACAAGUCUUUCGAAAAGGGAGGAAGUCCAAAAUACAGAGGAGAUAUCAAUAUCCUAUUGUGUGGUGACCCUUCUACUGCGAAAUCUCAGAUUCUUCAAUACGUGCAUAAAAUCGCUCCUCGUGGUGUCUAUACUAGUGGUAAAGGAUCUUCGGCAGUUGGUUUAACAGCAUACGUCACUCGAGACCCAGAAACGCGCCAACUUGUUCUUGAAUCCGGAGCUCUUGUUUUGUCGGAUGGUGGUGUUUGCUGUAUCGAUGAGUUCGAUAAAAUGUCCGAUGCUACACGAUCAGUUUUACACGAAGUCAUGGAACAACAAACUGUCUCUAUUGCUAAGGCAGGAAUCAUCACCACUUUGAAUGCCAGAACAAGUAUUCUGGCCUCUGCAAAUCCAAUUGGAAGCAAAUAUAAUCCAAACUUACCAGUACCUCAAAACAUCGAUCUACCACCUACUUUACUUUCCAGAUUUGAUCUUGUCUACUUGGUCUUGGAUCGUAUUGAUGAGACUGCUGAUCGUAGGUUGGCUCGUCAUCUUCUCAGUAUGUACCUAGAUGAUAAGCCACAGAGUGCAUCGGGAGGAAUGGAAAUUUUGCCCAUCGAGUUCCUCACUUCCUAUAUCUCAUACGCUCGUGCAAAGUGUCAGCCACGCAUCAGUCAAGAAGCAUCUACGGAACUUGUUUCCGCUUAUGUUGAAAUGCGUAAACUGGGUGAAGAUAUUCGUGCCGCUGAACGUCGUAUUACAGCCACUACUCGUCAACUCGAAUCCAUGAUUCGUCUUUCCGAAGCUCACGCCAAAAUGCGUCUUUCUGAAAUCGUCACCAAAGAAGAUGUUCAAGAAGCCGUUCGAUUAAUUAAGAGUGCGCUCAAACAAGCAGCUACGGAUGCGAGAACGGGAUUGAUUGAUAUGAGUCUUUUGACAGAAGGAACAUCCGCAAGUGAGAGGAGAAGAAAGGGAGAUUUGAAAAAUGCGGUAUUGGGAGUAGUGGAUGAAAUGACGGGGCCAGGGGGAAAUGCUAGAUGGACAGAGGUGGUGAGGAAACUUGGGGAACAAAGUAGUUUACAAGUCGAUGCGGCGGAAUUUGGAGAGGCGGUUAGGGGUUUGGAAUUAGAAGGGAAGGUUAUGAUUCUUGGUGAAGGGCCAAGAAGAAGUAUUAGGAGGGUUACGGGUCAAUCUUAGACUAGGAAUGGACGGGGACUGGUGUGGGUAGAUGCAUUGAUGAAGAUGAUGUGUAUGGCGUUGGGACUUUGUUUGUUUGGCUACGUAUGAUCUGAUAUGAUAUGAUAUGAUAGUUGAGUAAAGGAAAGAAAGGUAUUCAUUGAUUCAUGAGUAGAAAGAUUUGCAAAUGGUCAGUAGGUCAGUAGGUAGUACGAGAUGAAUAAUAAAUA